UUUAGUUUGACGUCGCUCUGACUCAAGAUAAGGCAAACGGCAUGUCAGCCUGAAACGUCCUGUUGAAGGUAAACAAAUCCUGCGGUCACUGUGUUACGUAACGCGAUAAUCGUCACCCGUUGAGAACAAUGCGGGUGGGGGGGGAGCCAUCGACAGACAGAAGCCAAGCACUCAUCCCCAGCCAGGAACUGGACCGGGAUAUCCAGGAGAUAGCUUCACGGGUGGCUGCUUCGCGCGUCGGCAGUUGUUUCCGCUGACCGCCGCCGCGGCCGCCCGCCGAAGGCCGUCGUGAGCGCCGCCGACGCGACAGCUGAACCUUCAAGUACGCCGCAGAGACCCGACCCGACGCCUGACCAGCACGCCGCGUCGUGCUGCCGCCAUGGAACACAGCAGGCUCAUUGAAGCCAGUGGUGACACGGUCGUCUGCCCUCUUCCCGAGUUCGAGGACGAGGAGGUGAACGUGCGCGAGUGCCUGCGCCACCAGUGCAAGGGCGCGUGCUCAGCCACGUUCUUCAAAAGGAAGCUGCCUAUCACCACGUGGCUGCCCCAGUACAGUGUGGGCUGGCUGGUGGCCGACUUCCUGGCGGGGCUUACGGUGGGCAUGACGGCCAUCCCGCAGGGCAUCGCUGUGUGUGUGUGUGUGUGUGUGUGUGGACAUAUAUAUGUAGAAGUGGGUGUAGGCGUAGGCGUAGGUGUAGGUGUGGCUCUGGUUGUGGCUGUGGCUGUGGCUGUGGUUGUGGUUGUGACUGUGGCUGUGGCAGUGGCAGUGGCAGUGGCAGUGGCUGUGGCUGUGGCUGUGGCUGUGGCUGUGGCUGUGGUUGUGACUGUGGCUGUGGCAGUGGCAGUGGCAGUGGCAGUGGCAGUGGCUGUGACUGUGACUGUGGCUGUGGCUGUGGCUGUGGCUGUGGCUGUGGCUCGUCGCUGUGGCUGUGGUUGUGACGAUUGGAGCGUGGCAGUGGCAGUGCAAGUGGCAGGUGGCGUGGCAGUGGCUGUGGCUGUAGUUGUGGCUGUGGCUGUGGCUGUGGCUGUGGCUGUAGCUGUAACUGUAGCUGUAGCUGUAGAUGUAGCUGUAGAUGUAGAUUAUGGUCUCUAUUCUGGAUUCAUGGGGGCGUUUGUGUACAUCAUUCUUGGCUCUUGCAAAGACAUCACUAUUGGUCCUACUGCCAUUCUUGCUUUGAUGUGCCAAAAAGCUGUCGAAAAUAGUGGAGCAGACUAUGCUGUGCUCUUGUGUUUCAUCAGUGGAUGUAUUAUUUUAUUAAUGGGACUACUCAAUUUAGGAUUUUUGGUGACAUUUAUUUCAAUGCCUGUGACGACUGGUUUCACUACUGCUGCUGCAAUAACCAUUGCCUCUUCUCAAUUGAAAUCACUUCUCGGCAUUCCAGGCAAAUCUAAUGAAUUUUUAGAAUCUUGGAUAACUGUAAUUGAUCAUAUAUCAGAAACCAAGUUAUGGGAUACUGUGCUUGGUUACCUCAAUAAUGCCCAGCUCAAGAGAGAGAAUUUGAGUACUCUACAAAAAAUUUAUAAUAAAAUAAUAUGGCUUAUUUCUCUAGGUCGUAAUGCAAUUGUUGCAAUUCUGGGAACUGCUUUAGCAUACUAUUUUUACACAAAAGGUGAAAGCCCAUUUGUUAUAACUGGACCCAUUGCAGAAGGACUUCCUCCUUUUAAAGUUCCCCCAUUCUCAACAGAAAGUAAUGGAACAACAGUUACCUUUGGUGGAAUGCUUGGGGAACUUGGAGCUUCAUCAAUUACAAUUCCUUUAAUUUCAGUUCUUGAAAGUAUUGCUAUUGCAAAGGCCUUCUCCAAGGGAAAAGCAUUAGAUGCCACUCAAGAAAUGAUAGCUCUAGGAAUGUGCAAUAUUCUAGGAUCAUUCGUACGAUCCAUGCCAACCACUGGUUCCUUCACUCGCACAGCGGUAAACAAUGCAUCUGGAGUAGUAACACCAUUGGGUGGUGCUGUUACAGGAGCACUUGUUCUUUUAACUCUUGGGCUUCUGACAUCAACAUUUCAGUAUAUUCCAAAAGCUACCUUAGCAGGAAUAAUCAUAGCAGCUAUGUUUUUUAUGGUAGAAUAUGAAAUGGUUCCAUUGCUCUGGAAAUCACGAAAGGCUGAUCUUAUUCCAUUCUUUGUCACUGUGGCUGUGUGCUUAUUUGUGGGCCUGGAGUUUGGAAUCAUCUCUGGAAUUGCUGUGAAUCUCUUGUUUGUCUUAUAUGAUGCAGCAAGACCCCGUGUUAGCAUUCAAUGUUCAAAAGUGCACAGUCAUGAUGUUCUCCUGGUUGCUCCAGAUUACAGUAUUGUGUUUCCUGCAGCUGAGUUUGUUCGUAAGAAAAUUAUCAAGAAAUGCAUUGAGCUCGAUAACAAAGCAAUUGUUAUACUUGAUGGACGUUACAUGAGGCACAUAGAUGCCACUGUUGCUAAGAAUUUACACUCUCUUUGGGGAGAUCUCAAAAUAAGAGAACAGAAACUUCUGUUCUGGAAUUGGAACCGAUCAUCUCGUUUCACACUCUGUGGCAUUGACCCAAAACUCAGUGCACUCUUCCAAGAGGGGGCAACGUUAGAGGAUAUCUUCAAUGAGAGACCAGUGGAUGAAAAUGGCAGUGUAUAAUCCAGAGAACAUUUGGUGUGCAACAGUAAAAUGUAGUAUAUUUGUGGUGUAUUUCUCCUAAUAGAAAUAGAAAUAAAAGAAUUCAGAGCGGUUAGUCAAAAUAGUUGUAUAUAUGAACAAGUGCUGAUUAUGUUCUGUUCACAACCAGUUAAUCUUGUAUAUUUUUCUGUGUAAGAGUUGUAAUGAUACAUGUUAACUUUAAUUUAUCCAUAAUGUACAGAUAUAUUCUGCAUAAAAUUCCAUACUCUUUGUUGUACUUGUGAAACCAGGUAAUACAUAUUUUUAUAAAGAUACUAUACUAUAAUAUAAAAUAGUAGAAGUGUCAAAACUAAAUAUGGCUGUGAUAUUUUUUUAGUGGUAUUUUUAUUGCAAAAUAUUAAGUUAUACAAGUGUACUUUUGCAUCAAGUUUGGUUGUGUAGUAAUAUUUGUUGCAAAACUUAACCCUUAUCGAUACUGUUGUAAUUUAUUAUUUUAUUGUUAACAGUAAAAAACAAGAAGAUAUAGUAUUUACAUAAAAUAUGCACUUAGCUUUUUCCUGUAUAUAUCAAACAAUAUAGUGAUAAUGAAGUUUUGGAAUAUGAGUAAAUAAAAUGGCUACAAGAAAUUGUGUAUCUUUUUUUAAUACAAUAUUUCUCUUGACUGCUCUCUCUUGAAUAGGUAAAAUAUUGUCUGAAUGUAUAUCUAAUAAUCCGAGAUAAUUAGCACACAUUAUCGCAUUUCUAUUAUUUGCAUUGUGUAAUGCAUAUCCAAUUUCAUGAUGUAAAACAGAAAAGAAAUAGUUUGAUCUUGUGGUGUAUUUGCAUCUUUAUUAUUAUACCAAUCUUCAUCCAAAAUAAUAUUGAUUUCUAAUGGAAAUUAUUUGCAUCAUGAAUUUUUGCAUGUGCUUACCACCUUUUUCAUCAAAUUUGUUGGAACACAUGUUGAUGACUUUGAGAUUUAUGUUCACCCCGUUUAUUCAAUAUAAUUAUGUCAGGCUUUAAAAUGUCUGUUUCAUAGUCU